AUGACAACCUUAAAACCAAAGUCACAAAUUUGGAAAAAAAAAAAAAUAACUUUCUUAGAAAAGGAAAAACGCAUGAGUAAUUUGGUUAUUUUUGGCAUCGAAGAAAAGGGAAAGUCAGAAAUAGAGUUGGUCGAUUAUGUAAAAGAAAUCAUAGCGGAAUCAGGAACGCAUUUAGAUAGCCAAGAAAUAAGUUAUAUCAAAAGAAUUGGAACACAAUCUGACAAAAAUCGUCCAGUCAAAAUAUCUCUAACGACAACUUGGAAGAAACAUCUUAUUUUCAGAAAUAAGCGUAACCUUCCUGCAAAUGUAUAUAUCAAAGAGGACUUCCCCAAAGAGAUUCUCGAAAUACGCAAACAGUUACAACCAAAAUUGCAAGAAGAAAGAGAAAAUGGAAACAUAGCGUUCAUAAAAUACGACAAGUUAAUUGUGAAAAAACCAGGGACCACCUACCGGGAAAAAAGGAAGAGAGAAUUUUCAGGAUCGCCAACCACUCCAUCACAGAAAAAACUAAGCAUGAAAAAUACUGCAAAUGGAAAGACAUCCCAAAGUGCAACAAGGGAAGUAAUCAAACCAAGCAUCCUUUCAUAUGUAGCACGAGAAAGAUCUGCCUCGACGUCAGAGCUGCCAAAAAACAAGUAA